AUACUUGUUUUUGUGUUUCGCUUCGUCGUCGCUGGGGGGCACUCUUCCGUUUCCCGAAAAUUUUGGUAACAAUUUGUUUUAAAUUAUGUAGUGUUCGUCAAGCAGAAAGUUGUUUACGGUUGUUUAUUUGUGAUUUUUGAUCAUAAAGAAGCUUGCGUGCAGCUUCACCGAAAGGAAAACGUUCAGAGGACGUUCGAAGGGUUCAGUUUCAGUUCUUUUUUGGUCGGUGGUUCUCUCGGUUCUGUCGUUUUUGAUUUGCUAUCUGUGCUUGAGCAAUUCCCAAGAGAGUAAUCAUAAGAAGAAAAAAAAGUCAGUUUUCUAAAUAUUCGCUUUUUCACACUAUCACUUUUAUUUGUCAACUUGUCACCAUCUUUGGUUGCUUUGGUUUAGUCAACGUAAACUGCGUAAACGACAACAACAUUGAGCCACACAACACAAGAAGCGAUUUGUAUUUUUUUUUUCUUCAGUUUCUUAAUUUGAUUUUAAUUGUUGAGUGCGCGAAGUGGUUGCUUUAAAAGAACGUUCUUCAGUCUCACUGCCACUGUUCCGAACCUAUUCAUCGACGAUCCACUCUUUCCAUGCGAACGUGACAUAAAAACUGUAAAAACCUAGUAGAAGAGAGCGACAGGUUCUCGCAGGAUUCUUUUCCGUUUCGCUAGUAGGAAAGGCUUCGGACAGCAGCAAUUCAUCAUGCCCAAGUAACAAAAGCCAAGAGCCAGUCGUUAUGACGUCCUUAGGUGCUUUAGAGGCUUUGGAGAACGCAUGUUCGAGGAAAGCAGUCUACGAUACGCUGAGCAAAAUCCGUCGUGAACUGGAGGAGCUGAGAACAAAGUGUGGGCACGUAGAUAACAAGGACAAACUGAGGCGAUUGAAGGAACGAUGCGAGAGGCAGAUGGAAGAAAUUGCACAUUUGAAAGAGUUGCAACAGGAAUCGGAGGAGCGGAUAAAGCUGCUUACCAGCCUCCUCUGCGUGCAAGCCGACGGGUCGGGGGAUGCAACCCUUGAUUUGCCCAAAGAGCACUCUGGUCAACAUUGGAGCACACAGAACGUGGACGAGCUGCUGGAACGACUCUGGGCCUCGGAGAAGCGUGCCAGGGAAAUGGAAAGCUGUGUCAACAGGCUGAACCUUCAGCUCACAAAGAAGGUGCUUGAGCUGAACGAACUGCAGCUCCAGUAUUCUGAACAGGCAAAGAAAAUGAUGGACAUGUCAAGGGAGAGCUACGAAGCGGUCCACAGCUCGUCGAACCUUUCCUCCAGGCAGACGUGGGACAACUCUGAAGUGUCUUACGGCUUUGAGGCUUUCUGAGUCUGGCAUUGGGGUAGAUCUUGUACAUACAAGGUUUGGGAAAAGCAUAAAAAAAUCAAAAUGACAGAGCCUCCCAGUGUUAGUUGAAGGGUUACUCUAUAAAGCUAAUAGGAAAGCCAUUUGCAUCUAUAAUUGGUAUCAACUAUCUUGUAGUACGUUGUCAAGGCCAGUGCAGUUUUCACAGUGUUGCUGCCCCACCCUGCACAGCUGCAAAAGCAUUCGACUGUCGUGCGCCUCAUCCAUGCUCGCCGUCAUGUGAAGGAGACGCAUUAGAGCACUGCCAAAGCUAUACUAGCAUUGACAGCGUAGCACAAAGUAGUUCAGACGGAGAAUUGAAUACUUUUAUAACCUCAGGAAGAAUGUUGACUUACAAGUGCGAUGCAACUGAUCAAAGAUUUUGUCUUACUUAUGAUCGAUGGGCAGUUCAAUCUCUUCCGCAUUCAUUUUUGGCAUAGUAGCAUUCUGCAGUUAUUGAGAGGCUUGGUGUGAUUGGGUAUAUAUUUUAUCUCUUGCCUUAAACAUGGGCUUCAUUUUAAGGCUGCUUCUAGUGUGCCAACUGAAGCCCUACAUCUUGCAGAUGUAACCAUAGUCAUGGCCAUGUUCUUGCUAUAUGCACAAAGCCAGUCAGUGUCUAAGACUUCAUAAUGUCAUCUGAUAAGUCUAUGGCACAUUUUGUAUUAGGGUGCAUGGUACAGCAAAAUUGCCACUUGUUUUUCAAGCUGAAAAAAAUGUUUACCAUACUCGUUUCUACCUCAAGAGAAAAGAAAGUUCUGCGCAUUGUUCAUACGCCGCCCGAGGUAGUUCUUACAAGUUUUGGUUGUCGGAGGAAGAUGUGAUGCUUUUGGCAUUCCAAUUGUGUAUGUGCUGAUAAUAUAUGUCUAACCUAAAAUGUGCCUACAUAUGUCUUAUUUCUCUACAUAAAGAGGGGAAUUAGUAAUGCUCUGCAAGGAGCCAGACUUUUUUUUACUAUAGCACUUGAGGUGAAAACGGGUAUAGUUGCUUCUUUAGUUUUCAACUCCUACCGAAAUAUGUCUGCAUCUUGCGUGGUAAUAGAUGGUAAGGGCCAGUUUGUUUAUUGAUGCAAAUGUUUAUUUUUUUGGUAAAGUGUGAACUAUUUUUAUAAUGGUCAUUACAUUUCAUAGUUCUUUAAUAUAUCUUACAGUAAAAUAAAUGGUCAUUGAGGCUCUUUGCCCGAAGCUGCAACUGGGAUCAUUAAAAUCUAGUGAUUCAUUUAAUGUUAUGAUUAAAAAUGUGGGACUGCAGCCCACAUGAGCGGUACUGUAUCAUAAUUUCUUCCUCACCUGUAAUUUGUGCCCACAAGUAAAUUAUGAGUUUUAGUGUUGUAACUACAAAUACUGUUGCCGGGCAUUUGUUAAACCGAAAGAAGGUGUCAUACAUCUACUCUAGCCUACAAACUCCUAGGUGACUGCAUUGUUGUGAUGGCACCUGGCUUUAAUACACAUUCACCUUGGUAGCCUCAACUGCAGUCUUAGUAUUUUGUACAUGCAAGCUUUGUUACCCUUUGGAUCACUUGUUGCCCAACUGUUAUUGUUAUUUGAAGUGUCACCACAUCUUUGGUGCAUGGCAAAGACUCUUCAGCAGCUGGUUUUAAUACAAAUAUGGCUAAUGCAAAUGUGGGACAUGGCCAGUAAACUUCAUAAGUGGUCCUGGAUGUUUCAGCAUGUGCUCAGGCGGGCUGAUAAUUUUCUAAAAGAUUCCUGUUGAGUGCAUUUUUCUUUAGCAUCCUAAAUAUAUAGGAUUUUUUGUGCUGUGCUUUGACAAUUGUAUAUGUCCAUGAAUUUGUUUUCUCUAUUAUUAACUUGGAACUGCAGCCUGCGAUUGCAUUUAAGGUAGUCAAUAGGUUGCUUCUGAAAAGGCUAAAGUCUCUGUACUGCCAGUUUUUACAGUACCAUGUGACAUUAUGACACUGGCAUAUUUCUAUUCAAGAAACAGAUAAAAAGGUCCACAUGUUUGGGAAUUGUUGGCCUAGUAGCUUCAGAGCAGUUACUUUUCUCUUACAUUCCUAACUUUGAAAUAUUUUAUUUUUAAGUUUGCUAUAGUUUUGCUAUGAUGAUUGUUAGAGUUUGAAGUCUUGUCGUGGUUACUCUUGUCAGAAGGUCAGGAAUAUAUACUUUUGCUUGGACAUUUUUAAUAAAAACUUUACUUUAAUAAAAGUCAAUUACAAAC